AUGUCUCGCCGUAACGAACUUAAAGUUCCUAAGUACGCUUUUAUAAAGUUUGCUUGUGACGGCAAGACUUUGCAGACCAAGACGAAAGACCUGGUAUCAGAAUACCCAUUAGCAGUGAAUUUGGAAGUGAAAGCGCCUUGGGAAAAUAAACUUCUGUUGGCAACAAUACUGGGAUUAUCUGACGACCCAACAAUUCUUACGGAUAUUGAGAGGAAGUAUAUGAAAUCCUUGAAAACGAAAACCGCUUCAAAACAAACAGAGGGUACAUGUACUCGUCUACCAGCUGCUCGCCCGCUGAAAAGAAACAUUGCCAGGAAAACAAUUACUAUUAAAGACCGGUUGAAAAGAAAAGCAACACAGGAAAUUGUCUUCCAUCCUAACAAACUGAACAGGCCAUCUCCAUCAGUGCCAUCCAAGACCAAGCCGCAUGCCUUUGACUUUAGCCGUUUAACAGGAGAUAUGGUGGACAAAGUCCAGCGUCUGGUGGAGAAAACCCGGUCAGGUUGCUAUACUAACCUAUCGCCAAGCACAACUCUCUCAUCUCCACCCUCUACUGACCCUCCUGCACAAACUUUCACCUCUCCUAUUGACUCCGCUCCUUCUACUCUAACGCGGCUGACUUCCCCUUCUGUCACACCUUCCUCCACUAUCUUACCCACUCCUACUCCUGCCUCUUCGUCCCCACCUGUGUUUCCUGUUCUCUCCCCCACCUCGGAUCUCCCUUCAGAUAACCAACCGUCACCCUUUCUAUCACUGUUAACAUCCUCAGACUUUUCCGUCAACUUACCCACCUCUGACCGCCCUACUCUCUUUAACAUGGAUACGUGUGAACUAACCACCGGCUCACCCACUGAUCCUCUUCCCUUCUCUGUAACUCCUCCUCCCUCCUCCGUAACUCCUCCGACCAGCGACCAUGCAAUUCUCCCCAACAAUGGACCUUCCCAUGGCCUAGAUAUAUUCUUAGCCAAGUUUGACGAACUGCUCGACCACGUUCGAAGACUUGAAUCAAAGGUGGACGGUCUUAAAUGCAAGCAUGCUUGUGAAAGUUACCCCAACAAUCGCCCCCUAGUCGAAACCAGGUCGUUUGGGACUCAGACAGAUGCAGAACCUCGGUUGAGACCCGAACCAGAGCCUGUACAGAGCCUGUCUACCGUCGAUGACCCAACAGACAAGGAUGCCAGCCCGUCGCCGGUGGACUUACCUGUACCGGAAUUCACUGACAGCUAG